AUGAUCGGUGUUUGAAAUUACUAGUUUCACUGACAUGCAACCUUCAAAACUUAUCAUAAUUACAAAGUCAUGGCCGACAUAUUGUUCGUUAACAAUCUGGCCGUGAAAGCCGGCAAGAUGAUUGAGGCUGGCUUCUCAAAGAGUAUUCCCUAUGACAAAAAAGAAUCAUAUGCUGACUUGGUAACUGAAGUGGAUAAAGCUAUUGAGAAUUAUAUCUGUCAGGAAAUCCUUGCGUCGUUCCCUACUCACAAAAUUAUUGCAGAGGAAGGAUAUUCUGGGAAUGCGGAGCUUACUUGUUCGCCUACAUGGAUAAUCGACCCGAUUGAUGGAACUUCGAACUUUGUUAGCAGGUUCCCUUUUGUUUGUGUUUCAAUUGCUUACUAUGUUAACAAGGAGCCCGAGCUAGCUGUUGUUUAUAAUCCGAUAUUGAAAUGGCUAUUUCAUGGAAUUCGUAAUCAAGGAGCAUUCCUGAAUGACAAACAAAUUCAUACAUCAAAACUUCAGGAUCUGUCUCAGGCUUUGGUUUUGACCGAUUGGGGAGGUGACCGAAAUCCAAAUGUUUUAGAUAUAAAAUCAAACAACAUUCGCCAAAUAAUAUCGAAAGCUCGCGGUGUGCGCACUAUGGGUUCCGCAGCCUUGCAUAUGUGUCAGAUUGCUGCAGGUAAUGGUGAUAUAUUUUUCGAAUUUGGAAUACACUGUUGGGACUAUGCCGCAGCUGUAUUAAUUGUUCGUGAAGCAGGAGGUUUUUGUUGUAAUUUUGACGGCUGAUAUAUCUUUCUGUUUGUAAACGAAAGUGAAAUGUCACACGAAUUUUCCACUUCUUCCAUUUGAGUGACUCAUGUUGUGAUCCUGUCCUGUCUCAAAAUCCAAAAUUGCUUUCGGUAAUAAAUAAAGGUAAACCUGUAGAUUUAAUGGCAAGAAAUGUUAUAUGUGCGGGAACUCCAGAACUAGCUAACGCUCUUAUUCCUCUUAUUCAACCAAUUGGUUACGCGAGAGACUGAUAAAAGAAGCAUAUCACAUAAAUAUAUCUAUUAAGGGAAAAAGAACCAGAGGCAAUCAAAAUCUAGAAGUUUUCAUUCAUUUGUUGAUUCUUUUAAUAUAUUGAUUAGUUUUUUCCAUGUAUUUAUAUACGUUCAGAAAGGUGCAAUGAAAGUUGUAUCUUUGAUUUUAGAAAUGCCGUUGUGAUUCCUUUCCUACUUCUUCAAUGCAGCAUUUAUCUUCACUUGUAUGUGUGUCUAAUUAUCUAGUGAGUGUUUAUCGAAAAAAAUAAAUAUGUGCAUAGAUUAAAAAAACUUGAAGAGCUGUUAUAUUAUAAUAAUUAGUAGUAUUUAGUUUUAAAUGUUUUUUCCACUUUCCUUUCUACUAAAGUAUGAUUAUUUUUUUCUCACGGCUCAGAAGUUGGUUACUAUUUUCCUAUUAAUAUACUCCUUUUUCCGUUCCUGUUGAGUUUUUUCUCAAGAAAUAUAAUUAAAAACGGUCUUCUCUUUGGAUAACAAACCAGUAACAUUUUAGCUUACUACUUUCUGCUUGUUUCUUGUGUUUGACUAGAAGGAAUCUUGCUUGAAUUUUCAAAUUUGGAUAAAUCAUGAGACACCUAAGCCUAUUAUUCAGGUGCUCACAGUAAAUCAGGAGUUUAUUUCUUUAACUA